AUAGAUCUAUAUAUUCAUCACCGCACAGCAAAACGCAUUGGUAUAAUGAUCCUGAUUGUAUGUGUUGCCUCUGUGUGUAUUGCACCACCCGGCUGGAAAGACCUGGUAGGCUGGAGUCAACGCAUCGAAGACAUAACAAGGCGCAUCGUUAGCCAGGACAUCAGCUAUCAAAUAUUCGCAACUGCGAGCUCCUUCUAUCUUCCACUGAUGGUUAUACUUAUACUCUACUGGCGUAUAUUCCAAACAGCACGCAAACGCAUCCGCCGUCGACAGAUUCUGACGCAAGCGGCUGAGACUAAGGAUAAUCCCGCGAUGUGCGGUAUUGCGGGUGGCCUAGCUGGGGCGAGCGCGUCGGGUGGCAUAGCUGCAGCUGUGGUGACAAUUAUCGGCCGGCCAUUGCCGACUAUUUCCGAAACAACAACCACUGCGUUCACAAAUGUUUCUUCGAAUAAUACAAGUCCAGAAAAAGCUUCCUGCGCUAAUGGUUUAGACGAUCCACCUACAACUACAGACGGGGAUAAUCCUUACCCAGGUGGGCCGCAACACGUAGUCAAAAGAAAAAGUAAUAAAUAUUCAGCGGAUUCAAAGCGUGAGCGCAAAGCGGCGAAAACCCUGGCGAUUAUCACAGGUGCAUUCGUCAUUUGCUGGUUACCAUUCUUUGUAAUGGCUGUACUACUACCUAUUUAUAAAGAUCUCUUUGAGGAGUAUGUUAUCUCACUGUUUUUAUGGCUGGGAUACUUUAACUCCACGCUGAAUCCGAUUAUUUACACGAUAUUUAGUCCGGAGUUUCGCCAUGCGUUUAAAAAGAUUCUCUUCGGAAGGAAUUACGCACGUAGGAGGCAGAAACAGUUUAAUAUCAAGCACUUCCAAUGAUGUCGGCAGAGUGACGUCUUGUCGCCGGAGCCGCCGCUGUCGGCGCGGCUCGCCGUCAACGUCGCCGUGACGGCUGUCGUGUCGGGGCCGCGUAAUGUCACCUUCAAGUGCGACUGAUCCGAGGACAAGAGGUCACGCUACCUGGUCGUGCCCAGCAACAUUGACUGCGAUCCAACCAGCAGCUGCAUGGAUACAGAGAUUACUGAAGUGAUGGUUCCCACGCAUGCGCAGAACAAGCGAGUUACGUUUGAGAUGAAAGAAUUUACGUGAUAAAAAUUUGUGUGUAAUGUGAAAAUGCAAAAAAAAAAACGCAGAACAAUCAAUACAACAUUUAACCUUAAAUGAUUUUAGGUUAGGUUAUAGAUUAUAGCAAUAAUUGAUGUGGAUACAAGUGUGUAUAUAAUAUCAUACCAUUUGUAGAAUAUUCAGUUUAAAUGUAGGCAACACACAUUACAUAUUACAUCGUAUUGUAAAUAACCUUAAUAUGCAAACUGACCAAAACUAAUGAAAAAUAAUUUGAAUAUUCAUACUCCAAAUUACCACGUGUGAUAUUAAUAUUUGUACAUAUUACAUAUGUGUAUACAGGGUGUUCCGCCCCUUUAAAAUUCAUCAAAUGACUUAAAAACUUAAUCCACCAUCAAAUAAAACAAGAUUUUAAAAUAAUGUUGCGUAAAUAAAAUAAUUAAAUCAAUUUUUAAACAAAUGUUAAUGGAAUAAAGAAAUCUAAAUGUGGUUUAAUCCUACAAGUCUAUAAAUACCGCAAACAAACGUCUUGGAUGUGAUCUACAAUCAUUAUCUGACUUAAAUAAUUGUUGCAUCUGCAGAUCUACACAAAAUGUGAUGUUAAAUUAAGUGAUUAUGUUAGUAUCUAAUGUGUAUAUAUUUUAUUUGUUUAUUUGUUUCUUGAUUUCGGAAUGCACUUUCAAAUGUUAUGGUAACGUAUAAGCAAAAAAUGCGAAUUAUAAAAUGCUGUGAUCGAAUCGAUUCAUAAGAAUAUUUUUGUAUCGCAUCUUAUUAUUCUAUUGGUUAAUUGGCAAUGGAUGAACAGGGUGUUUGUGAUUGAAUUAUUUCUAUUUUUAUUUUUGUGCAUAAAAAAUGUUCCAAUCUUGAAAAUGUAUAAAUGUCGCAUAACCACAGUGUAUAUAAUCAGGAGUAGGUGUGUAUCUCGAAUAUGAAAGAGGAAAAUGUACUGCUUGAGCCCGUAGUGCAUUUUACUGUUUUCAUGUCGCCUUAACGAAAGACUCAUCGUGUAAAUUAUGAAGCGCAUUAUACGAGUGGUAGUGGUGGAGUAGAUAAUGUUCCCGUUGUAAAAUAAAUCUCACACGCAUCAGUUUCUGUGUAAUAUACAUGUGAAUACACUCCCGUAGGUAGUAGAUUAUAAAUAUUUAUGAUGUUUGUAAAUUUCAAAGAAAUGUAUGUUUAAUACCUGAUGUACUUAGCGAACAAUGUAAAUCGCAUUAUAAUAAUAAAUGUAUUUUUCAUAUAAAAA